AUGCCUCCUCGCCAGACCAAAUAUGGUCACAAGCAAGCCUCCCGCGUGAAGGCCGGCCAGGGAGCCUCCGCGUGCCGGGGCGCACCCGGUCCCGCCCGCGGGCAGAGCCUGGCUCCGCGCGGCGGCCCGGAGCUCCGGGCCUCGGCACCGGGCGCUCAGAAGAUGAAUCCGGCCUCGGCGCCCCAUCCGCUCCCGCCGCCCGGGCAGCAAGUGAUCCAUGUCACGCCGGACCUAGACACGGACCUCGAAGCCCUCUUCAACUCGGUCAUGAACCCCAAGCCCAGCUCCUGGCGGAAGAAGAUCCUGCCCGAGUCAUUCUUCAAGGAGCCGGACUCCGGCUCGCACUCGCGCCAGUCCAGCACCGACUCUUCGGGCGGCCACCCCGGGCCCCGGCUGCCCGGCGGCGCCCAGCACGUCCGCUCGCACUCGUCGCCCGCGUCCCUGCAGCUGGGCGCCGGCGCGGGCGCCGCGAUGAGCGCGGCGCAGCAGCACGCGCACCUCCGCCAGCAGUCCUACGACGUGACGGACGAGCUGCCGCUGCCCCCGGGCUGGGAGAUGACCUUCACGCCCACGGGCCAGAGGUACUUCCUCAAUCACAUAGAAAAAAUCACCACAUGGCAAGACCCUAGGAAGGUGAUGAAUCAACCCUUGAAUCAUAUGAGUCUUCAUCCUGCCGCCACUUCCACACCAGUGCCCCAGAGGCCCAUGGCCGUGUCCCAGCCGAAUCUCGUGAUGAGUCACCAACACCAGCAGCAAAUGGCAUCCAGUACUCUGAGCCAGCAGAACCACCCUACUCAGAACCCAACAGCAGGGCUUCUGAGUAUGCCCAAUGCACUGACCACUCAGCAACAGCAGCAGCAGAAACUCCGGCUUCAGAGGAUCCAGAUGGAGAGAGAGAGGAUUCGAAUGCGUCAAGAGGAGCUCAUGAGGCAGGAAGCUGCCCUCUGUAGACAGCUCCCCAUGGAAGCCGAGACUCUGGCCACGGUUCCGGCUGCUGUUAACCCCCCCGCCAUGACUCCAGACAUGAGAUCCAUCACUAAUAAUAACUCAGAUCCUUUCCUCAAUGGAGGGCCAUAUCAUUCGAGGGAACAGAGCACUGACAGCGGCCUGGGGCUAGGGUGCUACAGUGUCCCCACCACCCCGGAGGACUUCCUCAGCAACGUGGAUGAGAUGGACAUAGGGGAAAACGCAGGGCAGACACCCAUGAACAUCAAUCCUCAGCAGACCCGUUUCCCUGAUUUUCUGGACUGUCUCCCAGGAACCAAUGUGGACCUCGGAACUCUGGAAUCUGAAGAUCUUAUCCCCCUCUUCAAUGAUGUAGAGUCUGCUCUGAACAAAAGCGAGCCCUUUCUGACCUGGCUGUAG